UUCCCUUGCAAGCGCGCUGCAAGCGGUAAUAACACGACACAAUGCGUCAACUUCGCGGUAAGGUGAAAGAGACACGCAAGCAGAAGAAGGAGCGUAAACUGGAGAAUUUGGAGAUACAAAAUCAGUUGAAAACCGUUGUAAUACCAGCCGUUUGCGUCUUUGCGCUACUCAUUGUUGUCUUCGUUUACUUCAAAACACGUCCCGCUGUGGAGUUGUAAAUUUAGUGUAUAUGUACAUAUAUGGGAAAUUGUGCGUGUCCAGAAGUGUGUGCCUUCAAUGGCGAAAACGAAUACUAGCUUAAGCGGCCUGAACAGCAGCAGGCAAUGAGAAUUUUUAAAUAUUACUUCAGGAGGAAUCCUCAAUGACACACACGCACUACCCGCAACUUUUCCGUUUGUUAGAAUAUGUAUGGCGUAUAUAUUUUGGGACUGCGGUGCAAAGUUCGCUAAAAAUAUCAUCCUGAAAAUUUUAAAUUUAUUUUUGAGACUUUACAAAUUGCAUAGUUAUAAAAUGUCUGUUCAACCCACCACUUGUUGAGUGUCUACUGCUUUUGUAGCACGUCACAGAAGCCCGUGUUUUGAGGAAAACACCUGUACAAAUAUAAGACCAGUUGACGCCAGUACUUCUCCUACUUAGUAAUAGUUUAUAUACUUAAUACAUGUGUAGAUUUGUGCGUACAUACUAUUUAUUUAGACUACAUAUUAUUAUAUAUUUUAAUAUAUGUAUAUAUAAUGCUGUCUGUUGAAGAAAAACAAAUAAAUAUUUUAUAUAAAUUUUAGAUGAAAA